GACGUGUUCGGAACCGUAGGCCACAAGGGGGGCUAGUCAUAAACCGUGCAACACCUGGCGGCACGUCGUUAAUUAUGCAGUGGGCCGCAGCCGCCCUGGCCUCGGCGGCGAUCGCUCUGCUCCUGGACACGGCGGCCGCGAGGCAUCACCAUCGUUCCGGCAAUGGGCACAAACCGUCCGGUGACAUCUCCCUGUGGAUCGACCAGCAACAGAUUAAAAUGUUCAGCGGGCUCGCAAUGGAAAUAUUCGCGAUUACCGAGGGCAGGGUGUUGUCGUAUCUACUGGAUCCGGAUUUCGAGAGUAAACUGCCGAUCAUCCCGAGUGAGGUAACGUACGUGAACUUCACAUGGAAGUCCGGCGUGAAGAAGUACUACUAUAAUUUUUACCGUUUAAAAUCGUACGACGAGUCGAUCCUCAAAACCCCAUCUAUUACGAUCAAAACGCAGGGAAGAGUUCCCAAGAGACCGAAGGAAUUCAGCGUUCUAAUGCCUUGUUCCGGUAAUAACUCGGGUAUAGCGCAAUUGGGGAUCGGUCUGAUGAUCGAGACACGCAAGGGGAAACCUUUAAACGGGACACCCCUUCGUCUUAACCUGAGAAAAGAAUGCACCGUGCGCGAACCCAAUCCUGGACCAUGUCCAGAUGGUUACUUGGGACCACCUCAUUGCAAAAAAGCAUUGUGUUAUCCAAAUUGCAUGAAUGGUGGUAACUGUACUGCUCCUGGUAUUUGCUCUUGCCCGCCAGGAUUUCAAGGACCGUAUUGCGAAGGAGGUAUCUGUACAGAGAAAUGCUUGAACGGUGGAAAAUGUGUACAGAAGGACACCUGUGAAUGUCCUAGAGGGUAUUUUGGAUUACGUUGUGAAUUCUCAAAAUGUGUAAUACCCUGCUUGAAUGGAGGAAAAUGUAAAGGCAACAAUGUCUGCAGAUGUCCUGCAGGUUUCAAAGGUGAUCAUUGUGAAAUUGGUAGACGAUCUCCACAACGUUCUGCUUGUACAAGAGCAUGCAGGAAUGGUACUUGUCAACCUGAUAACACAUGUCUUUGCGAACAAGGAUGGUUUGGAAAAUUAUGUAACAAGAAUAAGCCAUGGGCUUGA